AUGCAUAUGCUAAACAUCCUCGCCUUGGUGGCCACCGUCACCGCAGCUGCCUUGCCAAACGGCGCUGCCGAGAAGCGUACAACCACAUGCUCGACUGCGAGCUCUGCAAGCUUGGCCGCUGCCAAAGCAGCCUUUACCCAGGCGAAGCUGGUGCCUGACCUUAUACCCAGUUUCAACCCCGAGGUCACCGUCAGCGCUUCCUUCGGAGGGAAGGCAGUCAAGCUCGGCAACACAUUCAACCCAGUCGAGACCAUUCCGGAACCCUCCAUCAGCUUCACCGCCGAGCCAGGCUAUGACCCGUCAAACACCAAAUACACCAUCUUCCUCGUAGACCCUGAUGCGCCAGGCCCAGCUGCGCCAAUCUUCAAGGACUUCCUGCACAUUAUCAUCGCCAAUGCACAACCGUCAUGCGUCACCUCGCAGACUCGGACAACGUUGGCAAGCUACCAGCUUCUGACUCCUCUGUCCAUUGCCGCUCACCGCUACACUAUCCUCGUGUACAGACAGCCGCCGAACUACACGCCACCGGUUGACAUUCACUACCUGCCCGGUGUGAGAAACAACUUCGAUCUUAAUGGCUAUGUUGCGGAGGCUGGUCUCAUCGGUCCGGUAGGAGGCAACUACUUUAUGGAAGGAUUGGCGCAGGCGGUGUGCUUGGUUACGCCAAAUUGCACGUCAGAUGGUACGGGAUACCCUUUGUCGUAA